AUGAUGCAGAAAAAUCAUAUAGAACUUAAUAAAAUCUAUUAAACAAGAAAAUUAACUUCAUCUUUAAUGUUGUAACUAAGGUUAUCCCAGAGUAAAACAAGUUUAUCACUGACGAUGGCAGAGAAUGGACCUAUGAUCACCUCAUUAUUGCGACUGGAAUAAAGGUCGAUUUCAAACGAAUCAAAGGAAGCAUUUGAUGACUCUAACUGCCCUGCAUGCUCUAUUUAUUGGAAAGACUAUGCUACUAAAUUCAAUUAAUUUGCUUAAGAAUUUAAAAGAGGCAAGUCCGUCUUCACUGAACCUUAAAUGCCUAUUAAGUGUGGUGGAGCUCCUUAAAAGGUUUUGUACUUGAAUGAAGAGCGUUUAAUGGUGUGA